ACACGCAGCAACUUUACAUCUCUAUCCGGCGCCUGCCAUCUCCAAACACCAGCAUCAUCUCAUCUGCAGCUUCCACCCAAUCCUUUGAACCUUCUAUCGUAACACGCCAUUACCUCCCCCAACCAUCCUCAAGCAAGCAUAACUUAAGCCCAUGAACGAACAAGAACUCGAGCUCUCCGGCCUCGCCUGGCGUUGCGUCGGCGAUUCUUUCCCUAAGAUGGCCGGCGUCAACGCCCCCAAGACCGUCAGUAACAACUGGAUCGAGAUUAAGAAGGUGACCAACACUUCCAAUAGCAAAACCGACAUGACUGCGCGUGAGUUCCAGAUUGCCGGUAUUGCCUGGCAGUGUGUCAUUGGUGGAAUGCCCAAGGUCGACCUCAACAAGCUGCAGCAAGUUGCAGGCAUCAAGGCCUACAAAAUAGCGUCCAACAAGUGGGGUAAGAUCAAGCAGAAGCUCAACCUCACGGUCAAUGCCACCUCGGCCUCGAAGGCGACUGCUUCCCAGGAAAACGGAGAACUUCCAGCCCCGCCCAAGGCCACUAAGGGUAGAAAGCGAAAGGACCUUUCCGCAUCCGAUUGCCGUCAAGCUGACCAACUGUGGAGGUGGAAGGAAGCAAGGUGCCUAAUUUUACUACCGACAUCGAUUCCAAUGGCGAGUGCGGUACCGCCGCCAAGACUCCCGUCGCCAAGAAGCGCAAGGCCUCCGUCGCUGCUCCUCCCGCCUAUGUCGAUUUCGAUGACGAGGUUCUUGAUAAGGUUGAGGCUCCCGCUGGUAUGAAGCGCCAGAUGAUGGAAGAGGAGGAGUUGGAUGCGGAGGUCCCUGUCCAGCACCCCUUACAUGAGAUUUAAGGGCUGAAGAAUUUUAUCAUUGAGCGCGUUUGCUCGAAAUCAAUGUGAGGAGUUCCACAGCAGGCAGAUGGUGUUCGUAUAGACCAUGUGGACUUAUUUCGGUUUGAUUUUCGUGAUUGCGUUUUGCAGGGUUACUUAUUAGGGAACGGCUGCAAUUGCAUUUCCUUGAGAGAAGUUCAGGAACCUUUCUCCCUUAAGGUGUAGAUAGAGCGCUAUUUGCGUUGAUGGAAAGGGGUAUUCUCUUGUGCCUUAG